UCUUUUUCAAGCUUCAUUAAACAAAACACACCCUUUACGUGUAUAUAAGAAAGUUCGCUUACUGGAAAAAAAACAUUUCUUAAAUAGAAAGUUUUUGUGUUCUCAUCAAACGCGUAAAGUUGUAUAAAAAAGAUGAAGGUGUUAAUUAUCACUGCAAUGAUCAUAGCAAGUGUUGCUGCAUUUGUACAAAAAAACGAUCCUGCCUAUGAGGCGGGUUAUAAUGCAGGUUACGCCGAUGCUCAAGCCCGUAGGAAUGAUGCUUUUGCAGGUUACGGCGAUGCUCCAACCCGUAGGAAUGAUGCUUGUGCAGGUUGUGGCGAUGCGCAAGCCCGUACAAAUGAUGCUUCUGCAGAGUUCCAAUUCCCUCAGAGUGAUCGGGAAGCUUACAACGCCAUCAGAAGUUGUGGAGGCAGUUGGAAAAAUUGUAAUGGAUGUCGCGGCUACUUAUCUAGCUGUUGUUCAAGCAAGAAUUGUAGUGGUGGACGAUCAUGCCGCAGGGGCCAAUAUUCUUACAGUUGUUCUUAGUAAAUGUAUCACAAUAACACAUUUUUUGUGUCUCUAAUUCAAUUCACGCACGGCAAGAAACAACUCUUGUAUAUAAAUUUAGAGAGAUACAUUUAUUUUUCUCAUCUGUUUAUUAGAACCAAGCACUUAAUGAUAAAGAUAACACAUCUCUCUGUAUGUAGCUUCCAUUUUACGAGUGAAUUUAGCUUUGAUAGAAA